UUGUAUUGUCAGGUCUCUUCCUUUAUAUCGACCUUUUUCGUCGGUUUCUUCCGGUUCUCUUUGAAAUUGUGUUUUUGAAACCUUUCCGCGUCCUCAUCUUGACAUUGUUUUUGAAGAUCUGGAAGACUGUGUUUCUGAGGAGGUGGACAGCUGAGUAUUAACCAAAUAUCUAAUCGAAAGAAAUAGUUACCAUGAACCCAGCGACUCAGAAUGGGAGUCAUGUUAAUGAUUUGGACGGCGAUAAAAAAGAGAGAAGGGUUUAUAAAGUUGCUUUGACUGGAGGUCCCUGUGCAGGGAAAACAACUGUUCAAGCAAUGAUGUCAACUUUCUUUGAAAAUCUUGGAUGGAAGGUAUACAGAGUUCCUGAAGCAGCCACUAUAUUGCUGGGUGGUGGUGUGAAGUUUCCAGAUCUUAGUGAGCAAGAAGUGUACAAUUUUCAGGAAAAUUUAAUGAGGACUUUGCUACAGCUGGAGCAGACAUUCUUUGACCUUGCUUCCACUAGCAAGAAGGACACAAUAGUGAUUUGUGACCGAGGGGCUAUGGAUCCUUCAUCAUAUAUGAGUUCAGAGCAGUGGGAUAAACUUCUUGAAAAUAAUGGUUGGAACAAUGUGUCAUUACGAGAUGCACGCUACGAUCAAGUGAUUCAUUUGGUAUCAGCAGCUCAAGGAGCAGAAGAUUUUUACACAUUAGCAAACAACAACACACGAAAGGAACCAAUUGAACAGGCCAGGAAAUUGGACAGACUAACCCAACAGGCUUGGGUCGGUCACCCAUAUGUUGACGUGAUUGAAAACAAUAUAGACUUCAGUAAAAAAGUGCGGCGGGCCAUUGAUGCUGUCUGUUUCAGAAUGCGUAUAGAUACUGGAGAUCGUCUGUCUCCAGAGAGUGUAAAACGCAAGUUCCUUGUUACAUCUCUACCAGAUGUCAAGGCUUUUCCUGUGUUUCAAGACUUUGAUGUGGUUCAUAACUACCUUUCCACUUCAAAUCCAGAAAGACAAGCUCGUCUGAGAAGAAGAGGACAGAAUGGUCAUUUUACGUACAUGCAUACAUUACGACUAGAAACCAAGGUCAGCAGCCAAAUCGUGGAAGUCAGAACAAAUUUAUCUGCCAGAGAUUAUGAGAUAUUAUUUUCUCAAGUUGAUCAUACUCGGCAAUCUGUUUAUAAGACUAGAAGAUGCUUUUUAUGGGGAAACCAGUACUUUCAACUUGAUAUCUACAAUGAACCUUGUCAUCCAAGGUGUAAAGGUCUCCUUAUCCUCGAAACUUACACCACAAUAAAACAAGGUGACUUGGAGUUACCAGAUUUCCUGGAUAUUGCCAAGGAAGUCACAGGGGACCCAAGCUACUCCAUGUUCCAUUUAGCUUUAAAAGAAUAGUCAUUGUCAGACUACACACAAGUAAACAGAAGUACAUAUACGUUACAAAAUUUUCACUUGCACAUACAAAGAAUGACUAAUUUUUAAAUGACACUGAAUAGGUGUUACUCUGACCAGAGCUGUGAAAGAUUAGACUUAUUGAGAACUACAAAGCGACUACAGAAGAGCAAAAAUACAAGUUUUAAUAUAUAUGUGACAAUGUAUAUUUUAAUUUUUUGGCAUAGUUUAACCCUCUUGGUGUGGGUUUAGUUUAAUGCAGUCAAUUUCUAUAACUGUAAAAUCAUUUAGUUGUCAAUUGUGUGGCACAGUGUUGAUGUCAAGGUGUGAAAAUUAAUUGAGGUAGUCUCUGUCCAUACUCUCUAUGAAUGUAAAAACUUUUUCAAAAAUCCAAUAACUGUGCAAAUCCUACCCAAGCCUCAAAGGUGCAGUAAAUUUAUAAGACUUGUAGACAUUUUCUUUUGCAGCCAUUUUUUAAACACUGAAGUAAUUUAACCCAAUUUAACUUCAAAUGCUAUUUAUUAAUUCCAUUUCAGUGUGAAGAGUAACUACUUAAUAAAAUGGUGCUUCAAUUAGAUGUUAUAAAUGGCUAUGAACUCAGACACCAAUGCUCUCUCUCGACCCCAAACAACUCCGUCCCUGCUUUUAGAACUUUGCAAUGUUUUAGUUGAUAUCAAUUUAUGUCAGCAGAAAGGAUUUGGUAUUAAUAAAUAAAUUGUGUUGGUGCUACAUAACUGAAAAUGAUGCUAUGACAGUAAUUAAUCCACACAGAUUUUUGGUAAAAUUGGGGUAGAAAUGGAUGACAAUAGUACUUGUGUUUUUUUUAAGAAUGUUUGUAAUGCUUCUAAUAUUUAUAAUACACCUACAACUCUUUAAUUUU